AUGGCUGAGCUGAAGGGACUUGAUGAAGACAAAAUGAAAAACAAGCUUGGUGGGCUAGACAACCUCACCAUGAUGUCUCUGUGGAAGAGGUUCAAGGUGAACAGAGAAAUGGAAGGUGAAGACCAGAAGUAUGCCCAGAGCACAAGUGGGCCUGGCAGCAAUGCCAAGAAGCAAAUGCUGCUCAGGGCCUGGUUGAAAGAUGGUGGCCAGCUGCAAAAACACUACAGGCAGGCAGUGACUGCCUUUGAGCUGAAAAAUGUGUCCAAGGAAGGGUACAAGUGGAGGUCUUGGAAGAAGACUUGUGAUGACCUGGGUAAAGAGCAAGCCCUGGGCAUGCUGAAAAGGGGCACCCUCAAAUGGAGAAAAUGCCCACAGGACACAAAGUACAUGGAGUUUGCUGUGCAUGCUGAGGAAUACAAGCAGGAAGCUACCAAGAUCAGGAACACUCGGCUAAAGGCUUCCUCCAGCAAGGCCACCAAAGAGGACACCCUGGCAGACUAUGAGAACCUUACUUUGGAUGACAUCAAGGCUGAAGGCAACUGGGGGAUGGAAGUGGUGGGAGAAGAGGAUGAUGUUGCAUCCCCAGACCUCAAGAAAUUCUUUGGCUCCAACAAAAACAAGGGCCACAAAGAUCCAGAAGACAACCCAAAGAAUGAGAAGAAAAACAAAUGGGAGCUGACAAGCCAGGUGUCCUCUGCCACCACAAAGCAGGAACUGUCCAAGAAGCUUUUGGCUUUCAAAGCAGAGCUUUGCAAAGAGCAAAGCUUCUUCCAAGCAGCCAUGGUUGAUGCUGAUGACAAGAAAAGCCAAGACUACAAGCAGGCUGUGGCCAUGGUGAAGCUGGCAGGGGAUGCCAUCAAGCAAGUGGAGCAAGCCCUGACUGCUGGAUCCAAAAAGGAAGCAGCCAAGAAUGCUUUGGUGGCAUCCUUGAAGGCUGUGCAAGCCUGCAAGAAGAACCAUCCCAAAAAGAAGGCCAAGAAGGAGUCUGAGGCAGGAGAAGCCAAGAUGCAGCUUCUGAACAAGAAGAUUGCUGAGAUGUAUGGCAAGUUGGGCAUAGAAGCUGCCAAAAGAAUCAAGUACCUGACCCUCAAUGAUGUGGCAUCAUCUGCAGAGGAGUACCCUGUGCUCAAGCAUAUCAAGGGGAAUAAGAUUCGACACUUCGCCCCAGUGGCUUUGGAGCUGAGUAAGCUCCAUGCAGAUGACAGGGCAGGGCAACACAGAGUUGCAAUGCUGGAGGAGUUGCAGAGAAUCUACACACUGCUGGGCAAGAAUUGGAAAGAGUGGUCUCCAGAAUGUGGUAUUGCCCUGGAAAGGGCAGGACAAGUUCUCCUUGCACACUACUCAUGGCUUGCCAAUGAUGCCUUUGAAAAGGGUUUGCAUCGAUAUUCUCUGGUGCAGAAGCACCACAAAUUGAAUCACCUUUUGGCACAAGCCCAUCAUAUCCAUCCAGCCAGCACAUGGCGCUAUGGCUCAGAGAGCUUUAUGGGCAUCAUAAAGCAGAUAUCAUCCAGCUGCACUUGGGGCACACCAGCUCACAAAGUGACUGGAAAGGUGCUGAUGAAAUUCAGGCUGGUCUUUCAUCUACUCCUCAAGGGGUACAGAAAUCUGGACAUCAUCGACUCUGCAGAAGAGUGA